AUGGUCAGCCUCACCUGCAUACCCAAGCUGACGAAGAAAAUUCAGCGCCCUAGGGAGUCGAUGGAUUUGGACAACAUCAUGGAGGGCUUUGAUAGCGAGGACGACAUGGGUGAGUCUGUGGUCCACCGCCUCCUCCUCCACUUUGCCGCACCAGCCCUCCAGCAGCCCCCACAUCUCACGCGCUGCCCAGGUCCUUAUCCCAUGCCGAAGGACAGCUCCCACAGCGCGUACGAGGAGGCACUCAAGAGCCCACGCUCGCUCACCCGUGCCCGCACCUCAUCCUCACCCAUGCCCGCCCCUUCUGAUCAUGCCCGCUCCGCCGGCCUUGCCCUCGUUAUUCGCCUGCAUCGCUCAUCUCGCCCACCCCUGCUAUAUCCCAUCCCACGACCAUCUGGCACGUCGAACCAUGGCUUGCAACAUGCGGGCAAGUUUGGCAUCCACGAGCUUAGCCAGUGUGCCGCGAUGGGAUCGCGGCACCCGAACACGGCCUCGGUGUUCUUUGGCAGGUGCUUCGUCCCCGUCGCCUACGUCACUGCCGUCCGCGUCACUCACUUCGUCCUUGCCCGUACCGUCCUUUCCCAUCUUGCUCUAUCCCGCGCCAUCCUUAUUUGUCUCGCCCUCGGCCCCACGCACUUCGCGUGCCUCCUCAGUGUCAUUUCCAUCGCCCGCCUUGCGCCUACGUUGCGCACGUCCCCCUCUGCGUCGCCCACGUCGCCCUCGUCGCCCUCGCCCAUGUUGCCCUAG